CGCGAGGAGAUCGAGGAGCAUCAGAAGGAGCUCGAGGCGCUCAAGGACACGGACCCGGAGUUCUACAAGUUCCUCCAGACCGAGGAUUCCGAGCUUCUCGACUUUGACGAGUCCGAGGGUGAGGAGUCCGAGGAUGACGAGGACGAGGACGGCGAGGGAGACAAGAAGGGCAAGGGGUCGUUCUCCGACGCCAAGACACUGACCAGCGCUACGGUGGCGAAACUUUGCGAGCGAGCCGCCGGGGGUGAGGCCUUGGGCGCCGCGAGGAACCUUUUCCGCGCGUAUCGCGCCGCCGCGCACUACGGCGAUGAGGACGGGGACGAGGAGGCUGGCGUCAAGCUCGCGAGUAGCGCCGCCUUUCACUCGCUCGUCACUUUCGUGCUCGAGGAGGCCGAUACCAUCCUUCGAGGCCUACUCGGCCAGCCCCCCGCGGGGCACCCCGACGAGGCGAGACUAUUCAAGCCUCAUCAGCAGUCGCGGUGGAAAAAGGUCGAGCCCCUUGCGAAGUCGUUCCUGGGCAACACCCUGCACCUGCUGGGUCAGCUCACGGACGCGGACAUGUCAAGGUUUUUGCUCGCCAGGCUCAACAUGUGUGUUCCGUUCAUGCAUACAUUCGAGCGCCUGACGAAGAAGAUCCUCAAGGCGGUGCUCGCUCUGUUCGGAUCCGGCGAGCCCGCGCUCAGGGUGCAGUCCAUCCUGCUGAUACGCAACAUGGCUGCGGUCUUGCCCCCGCCCACCCUCGAAAAGGCGGCAAAGGGCGUGUACCGACAAUUCGCCGCCAACGCCAAGUUCAUCAACGCCUCCUCCAUUGAGCACGUGUUGUUCAUGACGACGUGCGUGUCGGAGAUUUACGGCCUGGACCAGCAGCAGUCGUACCCGCUUGCGUUCACGUACAUCCGUCAGCUCGCGAGUCUCCUGAGGGGCGCGCUCACGAACAAAUCCAAGGAGGCGUUCAGGGCUGUGUACUGCUGGCAGUACAUCAACUGUCUCGAGUGUUGGGUGCGGGUGCUCCAGUCGCACGCCAAGGACGAGAGCGCGCCGUUGCGCCCGCUCGUGUAUCCCGUGGCGCAGGUGGCGCUCGGCGCGGCGAGGCUCCUCCCUUCGGCGAGGUACGCGCCCCUCCGCCUGCGUUUGAUUCGCGUCCUGAACGCCCUCUCGGCGGCGACUGGUCACUUUGUGCCAGUCGCCCCGCUUCUGCUGGAGCUUCUCGGCUUCUCCGAGCUGAACAAGGCGCCGAUGUCCAGCAAGACGAGACCGCCGGACUUUUCGCUGGUGCUGAGGGUGGCGAAGCAGGAGCUAAGGUCGCCCGCUGUGCAGGAGGUGAUCGUGGAGGGCGCCUUGCAGCUCCUCGCCGAGCACCUCAACCAGUGGGCCUACUCCCCCGGGUUCCCCGAGCUGGCGCACAUCCCUUGCAGGGACCUUCGGAGGUUCUGCAAGACGACGCAGGUCACCAGGUUCCGUAAGGCGGCGCGCUCCGUGGUGGACGCGUCGGAGCGCAACUCGGACUGGAUCAGCCGCAAGCGAGACAACGUCGACUUUGCGCCAAAGGAUGCGGAGCGCGUCCGGUUGUUUUUAUCGACGGAGAGGGAGGGCAAGAAGGCGCCCAUGGAGAAGAUCGCCGCGCAGCUCCUCGAGAAGGAGCGCCAGCGU